AUGUCUACCCACGAUGAAAAACCAGUAAGAGAGGGUGAAAUUCCUUCAAAGGAGCAAUAUCCUCAAGAAGAGGAGGACAACUCUCCACACUCAGAGUACUCCGCUUUGGUCAACUACAUCCAAAACGUUGAAUUAAGAAAGUCUGAUGACGCUGCUGCCGAAGAGGACGAAGUCACUUACAAACGCCCUUGGUACGCCCCAUGGAAGAAGAUUGAAAUCAGACAACAAGGCGCUUCCGUCCCAGAGGAUUGGUUGACUGCUACACAAUCAUCAGGUGGUCUUUCCUCUUCAGACGUUGAACCACGUCGUAAGCGUUUCGGUUUCAACGAAUUGGAAUCUCCAGAAGAGAAUCUCGUUCUCAAGUUUAUUGGUUUCUUCAGAGGUCCUGUCCUCUACGUUAUGGAAGGUGCCGUCGGUCUCGCUGGUGGUCUCCGUGAAUGGGUCGAUUUCGGUGUCAUUAUUGGUAUUCUCUUAUUAAACGCAUUCGUUGGUUUCUAUCAAGAAAAGCAAGCUGGUGAUAUUGUCGCUCAACUUAAGAAAGGUAUCGCUCUUCGUACUACCGUUCUCCGUGAUGGUCAAGAACACGAAGUCGAAGCACGUGAACUCGUUGUUGGUGAUAUCGUCGUCAUUGAAGAAGGUGCUACCAUCCCAGCUGAUGUUGAGAUUCUUUCAGACUACAAGGACAAGGAUGGUUCAAAGGCUGCUGAGAUUCUCGCAAAGGUCAAGGCUGAGUCAAAGAAGGAAAAGACUGACGAUGAGGAAGACUCAUUCGGUAAAGGUCCUUCUAUCCUUGCUGCUGAUCAAUCCGCUAUCACUGGUGAAUCUCUCGCUGUCGACAAGUUCCACGGUGACACCGCCUUCUACACUACCAUCUGUAAGCGUGGUAAGGUUUUCGCACGUGUCAAGUCAACUGCUCCAAUCUCUUUCGUCGGUAAGACCGCUGCUCUUGUCCUUGGUGCAAACGACAAGGGUCACUUCGUCAAGGUCAUGAACAUCAUUGGUGGUACUCUUCUCGUUCUCGUCAUUGUCUUCUUGUUCGCCGUUUGGAUUGGUGGCUUCUUCCGUAACACCGGUAUUGCUCAACCAAGAGACAACAACUUGUUGGUUUACACUCUUAUCUUCGCUGUUAUUGGUGUUCCAGUCGGUCUUCCAGUUGUCACUACCACUACCCUCGCUGUUGGUGCUGCUUACCUCGCUAAGAAGCAAGCAAUUGUUCAAAAGCUCACCUCUAUCGAAUCUCUCGCUGGUUGUGACAUUCUCUGUUCUGACAAGACUGGUACCCUCACUGCUAACAAGCUCUCUAUUCACGAACCAUACGUUGCUGAAGGUGUCGACAUGGACUGGAUGAUGUGUGUUGCUGCUCUCGCUUCAUCACACAACGUCAAGUCAUUGGACCCAAUUGACAAGAUUACCAUCUCUACUCUUAAGGAAUACCCACGCGCAACUGAAAUGCUCAAGACCGGUUGGGUUACUAAGGACUUCAGACCAUUCGACCCUGUCUCAAAGCGUAUCACUUCAAUUGUCGAACGUGACGGUGUUACUUACACUUGUGCUAAGGGUGCUCCAAACUCUAUCCUCAAGAUGUGUGCAACUCCACCACAAGUUGCUCAAGCUUUCCGUGACCAAACUAUGGAAUUCGCUUCAAGAGGUUUCAGAUCCCUUGGUGUUGCUGUCCAAGAAGGUAACGGUGACUGGCAAGUUCUCGGUUUACUUCCUAUGUUCGAUCCUCCACGUCAUGACACUGCUGCUACCGUCGGUGAAGCUAUCAAGCUCGGUGUUGGUGUAAAGAUGUUAACUGGUGACGCUGUUGCUAUCGCAAAGGAAACAUGUAAGAUGCUUGGUAUGGGUACAAACGUUUACGAUUCACACAGACUUAUUGGUGGUGGCUCAAUGGCUGGUUCUGAAAUGCACGACUUCAUUGAAAACGCAGACGGUUUCGGUGAAGUUUUCCCAGAACACAAGUACCAAAUUGUCGAAAUGCUUCAACACCGUGGUCACUUAACUGCCAUGACUGGUGAUGGUGUCAACGAUGCUCCAGCUCUUAAGAAGGCUGACUGUGGUAUUGCUGUCGAAGGUGCUUCAGAUGCUGCUCGUUCAGCUGCUGCUGUCGUUUUCCUUGACGAAGGUCUCUCAACCAUCAUCACUGCUAUCAAGGUCGCUCGUGAAAUUUUCCACCGUAUGAAGGCUUACAUUGUUUACCGUAUCGCCCUCUGUCUCCACUUGGAAAUCUACCUUACUCUCUCAAUUCUUAUCAUGAACGAGACUAUCCGUGCCGAUUUGAUCGUCUGGAUUGCUUUAUUCGCUGAUUUGGCUACCGUUGCUGUCGCUUAUGACAACGCUCCAUACGCUCUUACUCCAGUCGAAUGGCAAUUACCAAAGAUCUGGAUCAUGUCAACUGUUCUUGGUGCUAUCCUUGCAGCUGGUACUUGGAUUCUCAGAGGUACUCUUUUCCUUAACAACGGUGGUAUCAUCCAAAACUGGGGUGGUAUUGAACACAUUCUCUUCUUGGAAGUUUGUUUGACCGAGAACUGGUUAAUCUUCUUGACCAGAACUGGUGAAGGUGAAUUCAAGUGGCCAUCAUGGCAAUUAACUGGUGCUAUUGCUGGUGUUGACAUUAUCGCUACCCUCUUCACUCUCUUCGGUUGGUUCCACGCUGACAGAGACGCACACAAUGGUCACACCGACAUUGUUACCGUCGUCAAGGUUUGGGCCUUCUCUAUCGCUGUCAUGGUUGUCUGUACCCUUGCUUAUGUUAUCAUGAACAACCUUAAGUGGUUGAACAACCUUGGUAAGAGACAAGUUGGUAAGAUCGACAGACGCGUUGAGGACUUCAUGAACGAAUUGCAACGUAUUACUAUUGUCCAUGAAAGAUCAGACAGAGAUGUCUACAGACUCUACGGUAGAAAUCAAGGUCUUGAUUCAGAUAACUAA